CACACGCGCGCGAGAGGGAGAGGUGGUUCUCUGUAGUCAGUGUUGAGCUGGCGAGCACCUACUCACACGCGCUCACGCACACUGGGGAUGCUCCGUGGCGCGCUCUCCACGCAGGGCGCUGGAUCUCCGUAGAGCUGGCGGGCACCGUGGCCGGGCGGUUCGCUUGCGGCUUCCCUCCCGCCGCUCCUCCCUCAGCCGUAGCCGGCGAGAGCGACAGUAUGGUGGCCAAGGAUUACCCUCUGUACGUGGUGGUGAAGAGAGCCAGCUGCUCUCUGGAGGUGCAGGCUGUGAGCACCGCGGCCAAAGAAGCUGAGGAGCCUAGCAACAAGCGGGUGAAACCUCUGUCUCGGGUCACGUCUCUGGCUAACCUCAUCCCUCCGGUCAAGGCCGCACCACUGAAGCGUAUUGGACAGACACUGCAGCGCUCUAUCAGUUUCCGCAGCGAAAGCAGGGCUGAGAUUGUUCCUCCUCGGCCAUGGGGUAGGCAGGCGCCGCCCUCCAUCACCAAGCGCCGAGACAGCAAGCUCUGGAGUGAAACAUUCGAUGUUGGCCUGGGCCAGAUGCUGUCCUCCAAAGAGAUUAAAAGGCAGGAGGCCAUCUUUGAGCUGUCUCAGGGCGAGCAGGACCUGAUUGAGGACCUCAAGCUGGCUAAGAAGGCCUACCAUGACCCCAUGCUGAAGCUGUCCAUAAUGACGGAGCAUGAGCUCAAUCAGAUAUUCGGCACCCUGGACUCUCUCAUCCCGCUGCAUGAAGACCUGCUCAGUCGACUCCGAGAGGCCAGGAAACCAGAUGGGUCUACAGAUCAUGUGGGCCACAUUUUAGUGGACUGGCUGCCCUGUUUGGACUCUUACAAUAGCUACUGCAGUAACCAGGUGGCAGCCAAAGCCUUGCUGGACCAUAAGAAGCAGGAUCAUAGAGUGCACGACUUCUUGCAGCGCUGCCUGGAGUCGCCCUUCAGCCGCAAGUUAGACCUGUGGAACUUUCUCGACAUCCCGCGCAGCCGGCUGGUCAAGUACCCACUUCUGCUACGGGAGAUCCUCAAACACACGCCCAACGACCACCCGGACCGCCAACAUCUGGACGAGGCAAUCAACAUGAUCCAGAGCAUUGUGGCUGAGAUUAACACUCAGACAGGCGAGUCAGAAUGCCGCUACUAUAAAGAGCGCCUGCUCUACCUGGAAGAGAGCCAGAGGGACAUGCUGAUCGACAGCUCGCGCAUUCUCAGCUGCCACGGAGAGCUGAAGAACAACAGAGGAGCUAAGCUACACGUGUUCCUGUUCCAGGACGUGUUAGUGAUUACACGGGCCAUCACCCAAAAUGAGCAGCUGUGGUACCAGCUCUACAGGCAGCCCAUACCUCUGCGGGACCUGGAGUGGGAAGACUUGCAGGAUGGAGAGAUUCGCCUGGGGGGCUCCAUCAGAGGAGCCUUCAGCAACACAGAGAGGACCAAAAACUUUUUCCGGGUGACGUUCCGCAGUGGCGGGCAGCUGCACUCCCACUCCUUCCAAGCCAGCGACGCCUUCAACAAGCAGCAGUGGCUCAACUGCAUCCGGCAAGCUAAAGUAGCGGUGGGCUCGGAACCCCCUCGGAUUCCGCGGUCUCCCUCAGGGCUUACAACGCCCUCUCAGGACAAAACAGAGGAGCGCAUGGACCAAAGCGACAGCGACUCCUCAGACUGUAGCAUGGACACUAGUGAUGCGGGUGCCGAGGCCACAGAGCCACCCACUGACUGCCCGCUGAUGGAGCACACAGACUGGAUCACCACCCCUGUGGAAGUGUGAAAAUCGUACUGUAACAUGGACCUGUGCUAUCAUCUCCGCUCACCAAACAAACCUGUACAGUAUUGUCAUGGAGAAGCCGUGAACUUCAGUGGAAGCCAGAGCAAAUAGAAGCCACACCUCUUUCUGUUCCUUGUCUCACUUACUCACUUCUUUCCUGUUGCACCUCAUUUUGCAUUUUCACUUUUCUUUCUCCUUUUCCAUCUCCUGUGCCUUUCUAUGAAACUGUGGUGUGUUCUGUGGCAGUUUAGACUGUAAAACUGUGUCGGGUUGAAAGUCUCAACAGACGAAAUGGUGAAGAGGACUAAGUGUCUAAGUGUCAUACUUCAUAGUGUGAACUAAAGGUAGCCCUCUGUCUGACCUGAUUUUUCCCCCUCUUCAUCACACACUCCUCACACCAAGCAGUUUGUCUGCCAACACUCCCUGUUCCACUGCACUACUACUUGUGGCCUCUGAGAGGAAAGAUUCAGAUUCUAUUUAAAGAUGUAUUAUAUUUAUGUUCACGUAAAUAUGUUGAGUGUGUUAUGUCUGCAGUAAUCACCCAGACAAAAUGACCAGCGGAAUGUUUUCACUGACAAUCAAGAAAGUGGUUUGGGAGUCGGGCAACUCACAGUGUUUCAGUGGCAGCGGGUUGUACAGAAGUUUCUACUGUGAUUCGAAGUUCUACUCUGUGGCUAGACUGACAGACGCAAGGUGGACGAGGCCUGUGGCCUGGAGAGACUCAAGCUAAACCCAUGCAGCCUUCUGAUAAAUGUGUUUCUAUAAGCCACAGCUAUGUUGUAUAUGUAUAUCUAUCACCUGGCAGAGACCACCAAUGAAGUAUGUGCACCCUCUGUUGCUGGCUUGAAAGGACUCAAGCCAGCUGUGGCCAGUGCUGUUCCUCAGAAGGGCAGAACAGGUUUGAACACGUAAUCAUUAAUCUGCGAUAAUGUAUCAAUGCAAAUGGAGUCACAUCCAACAGGCCAAUUCUGUGAAGCACUUUGAUUAAAGAAAGUAUCCUGAGAUGGAAGAUAAUCCAUUAGACUUUCAUUCUGUCUGUUGGAAGUUUUGGAAAUGAAAUUGAACUAGAAAAAAGAGCAAAUAAUGGGCACUAGGUGUUGCUUGUCACGUUGAACAUCAAGACAUAAGAUGAUUUUGUGAACAUGCGUCGUUAGCCCAUAUAAUGUGGUAGAAAUGGCAGCAAUUUUGCGAAAACGAUGUAGCGGAGGCUCUCUCACGUGGUGUAAAAAGUCCUAUUAGCCUGUGCCAUGUUGCUCAGCAUACAGAGUCAUCUUUUACUGGGUGUUGUGAACGCGUGUUUGUGUGCGUGUGCUGAAACCAGUGUAUCGCAUCAUGUUUUAUCACUGCAACUGAAAAAAAAUCCAUUGCCAAAAAGUGUUUGUUUUAAUCUUGUGCGAGUUUACCUUUCGGGCCUUUGCGUCAUUUUGUUUCGUACUGUCACAAGGAAUCGACAUUGCCAGGUAAUCACUAUAAAAAAUUAUCCAAAAAACAGUAUAUGGUUUUAUUGUUUUUCGUUUUCUUUAUUUUUUCAAAGAAAUGUAUUGAAAUUUAUGCAGUAGGAUGAUGUUUAUUUAUAGCUUAUUUUUCACCUGACCUAACUAUUGUGUUCUCUUUUUCGGGUUGCUCAUGGAAAAAGGAGGUGGUAUAACUGGAGGUAAAGGAGUGAAAUGGGUUUAGAGUGUUGGAUCUGAGGUGAUGGAGAGAAUUGAAGAGUUUUCUGUCACAGAGAGCGUUCUUAUAGCCAUAAGGAGGGGUAUACAAAAGCCACCAGAUUGUGUUGGACUGUGUUAGCACGGCACGUCUAUACUGAUUGAAAGCUGGAAAGUGUGUAAUGUUGAGAGUACAAAAUAAAUGAUUUUAAAAACCUAA